AUGGAUCAGAUGCGUAACUACAAAAAUCCUUGCGAAUCCUCGUCAAGGAAUUUUACAAAUUUUGGAUUGAGCGCAGUUUAUGCUGCAGUUCAUACGUUCUUCGGUAGAACUGGUUUUCUCGAAUCACCAAAAUAUGUUCUCGAUGAGCGACCGAAACGAAUGGCUUCACGACUUAUACAGCUUUCCGAUGAAUUCGACAAAGAGCUAAUGCCCGAUGACCGCUGCACCUGCCAUAUUCUCUCGUAUCUCUUGCUGCUCGUACGAUGGCUGAUCUGCUAUUGA